AUGGAGCGAGGUGAAGAGAAAGGAGUUUUGACAUGGAAAGUUGAAGUAGCGAAUGCUGACCAUCUCCAUCCGGGGCAUAAACUCAGAAUUGCUCCUGUCCACCUGGACAUGUUCCACUCAGCGUUCAAGGAUUCCAUCAACCGCCUGUUCAUUCCGAAGAUUCAGCGAUCAGUAAGGCGUCAGCUGUUGUUUCGUGCUGAACAAACAGCUAUCUCUUGCUUUGCUCACAACCUUCGACAGUUGUUUUGGCGUGAAGGAGUAGUCGCUGAAACCGUAGUCGCCCUGGAUCCCGGUUUUUCUGCUUGUAAAGCAGCUCUCCUGACCUCAGUAGGUUCGUGA